ACAUGCUAACGGCACCACUACACUCUUUAACGGCAUGUUGCAGUUUUUACUAUCAGACGCCCUCUCAUUGGCCACACUUCUUCUUCACGAAUCAACAAAUCUUUCCAUAUUUGCAUGCAAUCCCCCUUUUCUCUCUCUAAAAUCCCAUAACCAAUCAUUCAUAUAACUCACAUUUCACACCCCCAUUCAUCAAAAUAUCAAAUACCCACAAGUUUAAUCUGUCCAAAACCCUCUUAAAACCCUAAAGUUUUCAUCUUUUUUGAUCCAAUGGAUCAUCCAAGAAGAACCCACAAGUUUCUUGCAAAUGGGUGUCCGUUUCAAUCAGUUUUCGCCCCGAUCGACGUCGAUCGGAGCUUACCCGAGAUGUUUUCGAUGCUGAAUCUCUCGCCGGAGGGUCGCCGGAGCAUUCCCAGCGGUUACUCCUGCGCCGGUGAGGGUUUGGGUCACUCUAAUUUGGGGUUUAACAGGUUCUUGAAUUAUGAUCAUGAGCAGCAGAAUCUUUUUUCUUCUGGGUUUGACUUUGGAUUUGACUAUGGGUUUGACUUUGACCGGAUGGGUUGCUUGGAGUCCAAGAAAGUAUUUUAUUCAAACCCACAAUUUAAAAUUGAUGAUUAUGAGAAACAGAAUGUUUGUUGUAGUAGUAGUAGUAGUUUUUAUAAUAAUAAUAAUAAUACUAAUAAUCAAAAUGUUGGUUUAUUGAGUGUGUGGUCUUUGAGGGGGGGAAUUUGUAAAAUGGCUAAAGAUCAAAAUGGGUGUAGAAUAUUGCAAGCAAUGUUGGAAAGAUCAACAAUGGAAGAAGUGGAAGUUGUGUUGUGUGAGGUGCUUAGUUUUGUUGCUGAUUUGAUGAAAGAUCAGUUUGGAAAUUAUUUGGUUCAAAAGCUUGUUACUAUGUGUAAUGAUGGGCAGAAAUUGCGGUUGGUUUUAUCGCUCAUUGAAACGCCUACGGAUAUCAUUCUUGUGUGUAUGAAUCCACAUGGGACUAGAGCACUGCAGACAUUGUUGGAAAGUUUGAACCCGAAUCAGGUUAGGUUGGUAGUGAAAGCUCUAUAUCGCGGUGCAGCCACACUGGCGGUUGACCCGAAUGGUCAUCAUGUCAUCCAGUACUGUCUGAUCAACUUCCAUAGCGAUAUUAACAAGCCUAUUCUCACUGAAAUAGCAAACAAAUGCUACAAAAUAGCGACGGAUAGAAGCGGUUGUUGUGUGCUUCAAGCAUGCGUGGAACACUCACGUGGAGAACUUAGAACGCGUAUAAUUGCUGAAAUUAUAGCAAAAGCAGUACACCUAGCCGAAGAUCCUUUCGGGAAUUAUGUCUUGCAACACAUGUUGGGACUAGAUAUUCCAGAGUUAACUGAACUGCUUGUGAGACAACUUAAAGGGAGCUUUGCAGCUUUAUCAUGCAAUAAAUAUGCUAGCAAUGUUGUCGAAAAAUGUUUGAAUGAAUCUGGUGAAGAGAUGUCUACAAGAAUCGUUAUGGAACUUGUUAGAAGUCCGAACGCGUCUAUGCUUCUAGUUGAUCCUUAUGCAAACUUUGUUAUCCAAUCUGCACUUAAAGUGUCCACGGGUUUGGCACAUGACUGUUUGUGUGGCUUAAUUUCCAAGAACAUGUCGUCUAUGCGAACCAAUCUUUACGGGAAAAAGAUACUUGAACGAUUCGAAAAGAAGAGGGUCAACUUUGCAUGUAGCUAGAAACUUCAAGGGGGUAAUUUGAAAGUGUAGUGUGUAGUUGUUGUUACUUUAAAAACUGUAGUUAUGUUACUAAGUAUGUCUGUGGUAUGUUGUUUUGUGAAUCUUGGUCUCCAUACCACGUUUUGACUUUUGACUUUUGAAGUUUGACUUAUGACCACUAUGUUAUGAAACUUUGUAUUAACUAUCAACUUUGUAGAAUUCUCAUCUAGUUUGAAUCCUGAAGGAUGGAGUUAUAAGUUGCAAA